UCUUUCUCCUUUCUUCUUUCUGCUUUUGGUUUUCUCGCUUUGUUUAUUCCUAUUUCUUUACAAUUAUUUCCACUGCCUUUCCACCUGAAACGGGAAGUGUGCAGAUCCCAGAAAGAAACUAGCCUGUUGCUUCUCCGAAACGAUUCUCUCUGCCAUUUCUCUCAUGUUUCUGUCUCAGUCACUUCCUACAUUAUCCAUCCUUCCUGCAUUACUCAACUACACAUAUACAUCUCAGUCUCAGUAUUUUCCACUCUGUUAGAUCCUGUGGUUUUCUUCUUGUUUGUCUGUUCACAACUUGCCUGAAAGUUGUUCGACGAAAGUCUUGGCCCCACUAUAACUGUUAUUUGUUCUUAGACACACUAAGGUGUCUCUGUAAGUGGACAAUAUUGAAGUUUACGGGACAAGGUUUUUGCUUCCUCAGAUACUCACGGAGUUCUCCGAGCAGCAAGCAGACUGAAGUUGACUGCUGGGUGGAGUUGAAGCUUUGAAGUUUAGAGAAUCAUGGAUGGCAAUGUUGUGGGAACCUUGAAUGGCAAUGGAACAUUUUCAGCGGAAUCAUCAACAUCUGGAUCAGUUAAGAGAAGCAGAACGCCUAGCAGUGGAAUCCAAGUUGCUUCAUGUUUGGUUGAUGGGUGCAAUGCAGACCUUAGUAAGUGCAGGGACUAUCACAGACGCCAUAAGGUUUGUGAACUUCACUCUAAGACCCCAAAGGUUACAGUCAAGGGUCAGGAACAACGCUUCUGCCAGCAGUGCAGCAGGUUCCAUUCAUUGGUGGAGUUUGAUGAAGGAAAGCGAAGCUGCAGGAAACGUCUUGAUGGGCACAACCGACGCCGGAGAAAGCCUCAACCAGAACCCCUGCCGAUGACCUCGGCAAGAUUUCUUGCUGAAUGCCCAGGUACUGGAAUCUUAGCAUUCGACGAUCAGAAAAUCCGUCCAACGGAUCCUAGUUUGAGCAGUUGUUGGGAUGGACCUAUUAAAGCUGAGAAUGAUCAUUAUUUGUCCUUCACGUUUGAUGGUAGGAAUGGGCCAAUUGGUAAAACUUUGAGUUAUCAAGGAGAGGGACAGAGACAGUUUUCCUUUCUUCAAGGCUCAAAAUCUACAUACUAUGGAUAUUCUGCGAGUGAACUAAACUCACAUUCCAACAUGACAUCAGAAAAUGCAGGUAAGAACAAUAACCAGAAAGCAUUCUCAUAUAAUGCUCGCUCUCUUCUGUCAUCAACACCACCUGAGACUCAUGAGGUAGGCUUAAGACGCACGAUUCUUCCAAAUGCUAUCCCUUCUUCACCUCUGAACCUGGAUUCUUCAGAAAUGGUGAGUCAUGCCCAUAAUAAUACUACUAAUAGAGAUGCCAUGAUGUUUAGUUUUGGAUCUGAUGGGUCGUCUUCUUGUGAUGCCCCACACAAAUUCCUCUUGUGGGAGUAAUGUUUUCAUUAUCUAGUUUUCUGUUCUAUUAGUUGUGUUCAAUUGCUUUGCGCUUGUAAACAAUGUCAUGUUUAAGACGCCCUUUUGUAUAUUCUAUUGAUGAAGGAAACAACAGACCCUGAAAGAGGAGGUUCAGUGUGGUGUGAUCUUAUAAUCUGAACCGUGCAUUAGUUGUUGGGAUAUAUAUAUACACACACACACAUGUAUGUAUAUAGUAUGCAAA